AUAAUGUUCUGCGGGCUUAUUUAUGUUUCAUUCUGUUGUCCCAGGUCAAAGCUAUAAUAAAAAGCUGGUUUAGCAUUAAAGCAAAUCUGCUGCGCAGACACAAGCAGCCAAACUUCUCUCUUAAUGCCUCUUCUCUCUUAUCAGAUAAUGGCCGAACCCAGAAUAUCGUCCAUUGAUGGAAAGCUGACUGAAGAAUUUGCCGUUCCCUCCCACGUCGAGGAGGUCAAGGAGAAGAUGGCCGCUUUCGCCGCCCGUCACGCCGAAGCGGGCCGCAGAGUGGUCCUCAUCACGUCAGGCGGCACCAAAGUCCCCCUGGAGUCGCGCACCGUCCGCUUCCUGGAUAACUUCAGCAGCGGCAGGCGAGGAGCCUCCUCGGCGGAAUACUUCAUCGACUCGGGCUACGCCGUCAUUUUCCUGCACAGGCACCGCUCUCUCUACCCCUACACACGCCUGUUCUCCACCAUCAACAUGCUGGACGCCCUGCAGCUCAGGGCGGGAGACGGUGAAGGAGCGGGGAAGGUGGUGGUCGACCAGCAGGUGCUUCCAAACAUCGCCAGAGUGCUGAAGAGGUACAACGAAGUGAAAGACGGAGGACUUCUUCUACCCAUCGAGUUCAACACUCUUUCGGAGUAUCUGCAUUUACUGAAAGCAGCGGCACAGGCGCUCAGCUCUAUAGGGUCAAAGGCCAUGUUCUACCUGGCUGCAGCCGUCUCCGACUUCUACAUCCCGGCGUCAGAGAUGCCUGAACACAAAAUCCAGUCUUCCAACGGACCUCUUCAGCUCAGCAUGAAGAUGGUUCCUAAGAUCCUGUCGCCGCUCGUUAAGGACUGGGCGCCUCAGGCGUUCGUCACGUCCUUCAAGCUGGAGACGGACCCAACCAUCCUGCUGGACAGGGCCCGGCGCGCUCUGGACACCUACAGGCACCAGGCGGUGGUGGCCAACGUGCUGGACUCGCGGCGGGGUUACGUGGUGGUCGUGACCCCGGAGUCCCGGGAUGAGCUGGUCGUCACCGAGGGCGACGUGGAGAAGGGCGUGGAGAUCGAGGAGCGGAUAGUGAGCAACCUGACGACGGCGCACAACAAGUUUAUAACUCAGCAAGCCGCUGGACGGAAAUGACCCUGACCCAGUCUGCCGUUUGG